ACCUUGUAUUAUGCACAGUGGGUGAUAAACAUAUCUCGAUGGACCAAUAUAUUGACACGGCAAUGUGCGUCUUGCUACAUUGUUGCAUGCGGAUGCUGUUUUGAGUGUUCAAUGGUAUUGUUUUCGCGCGAGUUCGUGUAGAUUGCUCUCGUGCUAUGAUUCAGGUCAACAUGGACGACUAGUCAUUCCAUCUCGACAGCUCUGGGGGGGAAGAAACCCCCUAGCACCAUCAUGUGAAACGGGAUCGGCUGAUGGCAUAGUGAACGGCUCUGUUGACAAGGAACCCGCUGGUUCCACUGCCUUCUCCCAGCCUGAAAAUGAGUGAGCCUACCGCUACAGAAUCCCCUAGCGAUGUGACCCCCAUUGUUACUACUGGUGUUACCACUGAAGGUGUAGAUCAACCUUCUACUAAUGCAAACGAGCCCCCCAAGGAAGAGGUCAAGUUGGCAGCAACAGCAGGGAAGAAACAGACCAAGAAGAAGGUGGAGGAGGUGGUAGAGGAAGAGGAGGAGGAAUAUGUGGUGGAGAAGGUGCUGGACCGACGGGUGGUAAAGGGACGCGUGGAGUUUCUGCUCAAAUGGAAAGGCUUCUCCGAUGAGGACAAUACAUGGGAACCGCAGGACAACCUGGAUUGCCCUGACCUGAUUGCCGAGUACAUGCAGAAUCAUCAUAACAAAAAAGAAAGUUGCAAGAAAGAGUCUGGUGGCAAGAGGAAAGCUGGCGAGUCUGACACAGAGGCAGGGGGUGAAGAAGGCAGGCCCAAGAAGAGGAAAGAUGAGGCAGAGAAGCCCAGAGGCUUUGCGCGUGGUCUUGACCCUGAACGGAUCAUUGGAGCCACGGACUCCAGUGGAGAGCUGAUGUUCCUCAUGAAAUGGAAGAACAGUGAUGAGGCUGACCUGGUGCCGGCCAAGGAGGCCAACAUUAAAUGUCCACAGGUGGUCAUCUCCUUCUAUGAGGAGCGUCUGACAUGGCACUCCUACCCCACCGAGGAGGAAGAGAAGAAGGAUGAUAAGAACUAGCCACAGAUAACAACACCCUCAGAAAAGAGGCACCAAGUAAGAAGCUAGAGAUGAAGAUGCGAAAGAUAGGCUUUCACACAGAUGAAUCUUCCUUUGGAAAGCUUUAUUUACUAUAACACCCACAUAUUCUGUCCUUAUUUCUUGUCGAGCUAUUCCCACGUGCAGUACAUGCUCACCAUUCACAGGCUGCCUUGAGGUGAUUGGGGCUUUUGGGAGGUUUGGUAUUGUUGUUAAACUGCACUGGAAAUACGUGGAUUUGGAUUAAGGUGGUGGGAAGGGUUCGGCUCAGUCAGGACCCAUGGUUUUAAUGUGGUUGCGAAGAUAAGGGAUGGACAAAAUAAAUGGCAUUUUUAUUUUCAUUGCAAUGCAACCAAAUCUAUCCCAAGAGGUAUACACAGAGGAAAAUGUAGUGUCUAUGCCUGGGCUCUCCAACCCUGUUCCUGGAGAGCUACUGUCCUUUAGGUUUUUGCUCGAACCCUAAUCUAGCGCACCUGAUUCUAAUAAUUAGCUGGUUGAUAAGUUGAAUCAGGUCAAUUAAAACGGGAGUUGAUAAAAACCUACAGUUGAAGUCAGAAGUUUACAUACACUCAUGUUGGAGUCAUUAAAACUAUUUUUUUCAACCACUCCACAAAUUUCUUGUUAUCAAACUAUAGUUUUAGCAAGUCGGUUAGGACACAUA